AUGACGUCGCCAUCGGCGGCGCAGUGCCAGCUGGAAUCACAAUACUUCAUCGUGGACAAAGCCGCAGAACGAGCCGAUACACCCGUUGUUGACGAAAGCAACGAACAGAUAGCAGCUAGCUUUAAUCAACGCGACGACGAGGGACAGCCAAGCUCCGAUGAAAAUAAACUCAAUAGCGAGAACGUGGACAACAAUUCCGAGGAGGAGGAUGAAAUCUAUCUACUCAACAUAGCUGACGAGUUGCGAGAUGACUUUCGGCGAGACGUGGAACUAAAGAUGUCAGGAAGCGCACAGGUUUCGUUAACGGCACAAAUUGACACAAGGUGUCCGAUCACUCUAGUUCGAGAACAAGUAGUAAACACAGAAAGCGUAACCACUCCAGGUAAGGAAUGGAACCGAUAUCGGGGCAUUAAUGACUCCAAGCUCUGGGUUAAGGGGGUAACCAGAGCCGAAGUUACUAUAGAAGGUAGAGACGUGUUGAAAUUGUUUGGUUAUAGGCUAACGAAUAGUUCUAUGUUUGACAAAGCGGUUAGUGAGAUAUUAUGUAUCGAGAGUUACAGCGAUACUGAAGUAGAGCGCUUAGAAAUUAAUCCGAAAGUUGACGCGGAAUUCCGCGAUAGUUCGUACAUGUUAUACAGAAUUCUUAUUUCAGGCCCGAACGAGUUGCCUAAAGUGAAGGCCAUCUUGAUGCUAUCACCUCCGAAUACGCUUUACCUAGUGUUGACUAAGAAAAAGAAUGGCGACACAAGAAUGUGUGUCGAUUAUUGUGCGUUGAACAAGGUGCUGGCACGGGAUAAUUGCCCGUUACCGUUGAUCGAGGAUCAAUUCGAUGCGUUACGAGGUAAGCGAUAUUAUAGCACGCUGGAUCUAAAAGAUGGCUUCUAUCAUAUAGCAAUGGCGCCUGAAUCAAUCAAAUAUACUGCAUUUAUAACUCCGAUGGGCCAGUUCGAGUUUGUUCGGAUGCCGUUUGGAAUUAAAUUCGGUCCCCAACUGUUUCAAAGAUUCAUAAAUGAGGUAAUGGCCGAUCUUGUAAAAAGAGGAGACGUAGUGGUAUACAUGGACGACAUUCUAGUAGCAAGUAAAACGUUAGAUUCGCACAUUGAAACAUUGAAGAAAGUAUAUACAGUACUGAAUAGGGUUCGGCCUACAGAUAAGGGUAUCGCGGCAGUACAGAAUUUUCCGAAGCCUAGAACAGUAAAGGAAGUCCACUCUUUUGUGGGGUUAGCUUCGUACUUUCGAAAAUUUAUCAAAAAUUUCUCACUGAUUGCCCGACCGUUGUAUGAGCUACUUAAAAAGGACGUUCCGUUCCGUUUUGGACAGACUGAAAAAAUGGCGUUUGAAACGCUCAAGACUAGGCUAGUAGAGUCACCUAUCUUGGCGGUAUAUAAUCCGAGGGCGUACACGGAACUGCAUUGUGACGCAAGUUCCCAUGGUUUUGGGGCUGUGCUAUUGCAACGGCAGGGUAACGAUGCUAUGCAUCCUGUGUUCUAUUUUAGCCGUCGCAUAACGGAGGUGGAAGCAAAAUACUAUGGUUUUGGGGCUGUGCUAUUGCAACGGCAGGGUAACGAUGCUAUGCAUCCUGUGUUCUAUUUCCGUCGCAUAACGGAGGUGGAAGCAAAAUAUCACAGCUUUGAGUUGGAGACUCUAGCGAUUGUCUAUACUUUUCGCAGAUUCCGCAUUUACCUGCAGGGUACUCAAUUCGUGGUUGUCUCAGAUUGUAAUGCAGUAACGCAAACAUUGGAAAAAUGGGACAUCAAUGCCCAAAUAGCGCGCUGGAAUCUCGAACUUCAAAACUUUGAUUUUAGGGUGGUGCAUAGACCAGGGUCUAGAAUGGCCCACGUAGACGCACUUAGCAGGGCUUUCGGGGUGCUAGUAGUGGAGGACAAUCCUUUUGAGUGGAACUUGGCGGUUUUACAAAAUAGAGACUCUAUCAUUAAAGACAUUAUUUCUAAACUGGAAUCCAAGGACGAUCCGCAAUACGAGAUGCGCGAUGGUUUGGUUUAUAAAAAGCAUGGGGGCAAAUCGCUGUUCAUGAUACCGCGGCAGAUGGAGAGUCCCGUUCUGGUUCGGUAUCAUAACGAAAUGGGUCAUAUCGGGCCCGGAAGAAUGAUAGAUGUCAUUAGGCGUACGUAUUGGUUCCCGCACAUACGGGAAAAAUGCGAAGAUCAUGUUCGAAGAUGCCUGAAGUGCAUCUCGUUCUCUCCAACUUCGGGUAAAGAAGAAGGUUAUCUUAACCCCAUCCCAAAAGGAAGACUACCGUUCGAAACUUUACACAUUAAUCACUUCGGGCCGGUCGACAGGCAAGUAUCCUCGAAGAAAUACGUCUUGGCGAUAGUAGACGCAUUUUCCAAAUUCGUUCGUCUAUUCGCAACCAAGACCACAGGCACUAAGGAAACAACGGCCUGUCUAACACAAUUUUUCCAGAGCUACAGCAAACCCCAGAGGAUCAUAUCGGACCGGGGAAGCUCUUUCACGUCACAGGAAUUUGAGAAAUUCAUGAAAAAACAAGGAAUACAACAUAUAAAGGUUGCGGUGGGAUCCCCGCAGGCAAACGGUCAGGCCGAGCGGAUCAACCGGGUUCUGGCUCCUUGUAUCGCAAAACUGUCCAAUCCCAGUAAUGGAUGGCAAAGGUACAAUAUAUUGCACGAAGUAGAAUACUCCAUCAACAAUGCGGUUAAUCGGUCUACCGGCAAGAGUCCCAGCCAGUUAGUAUUCGGUAUAGACCAGCGAGGCCCGCACCCGGGUAUUGGAAGAAAAACUGGAUCCUCCUAA